ACGUCUCCUUUAUCACAUACACCAUGGUCUACGCUACUGUCGAAUGGGCCGGUACCGCUUGGUGCGUCAAGGGCCAGGUCCCGGUCUCUGUCAUUCAGUCGUUCCUUCGUGAUCCGACCAAGGCCACCCAGAACUAUCAUUGGGAGGAUGGAUGGCGGUUGCCGAAGAACGUCGUCCUGCCGUUGCUGUUUGAUAAGCUCGAGUCGGCUGGCUUUCUGCUCGUCGCGUGCGUUGGUGACAUGAAGGGCAACUCGGGCUCCAACAACAACUGCGGGGCAGUCUUUGUCUUCCAUCAGUAA